GUGGCCAGGAGUCAAUUCAAAGUCAGCUCUGACAGUGCUGAGAGCUAGAGAGCCGGGGUCAUGGGCUUGGGACUUGCUAUUCUGGCGAUCUUCGUCAUAAUUGCCAUUGCAUUAUGUAUUCUGUUGCUGGUGGGCAUCAUCUAUUUUGAAUUUUCCAACUCAAACAUUCCUGCCGGAGUGGCAAACCCUGGCAAACUCCGCACCAUACACUGCAUCUAUGUUGGCAUCGCUGUAAUGGGCCGAAUCCUGCAGAACAUGUUCAUAUGCGACCAGCUUACCUUUAUCAGAUUCAUCAGAGAAAAAUUAAUGUCCAGGAAAUUAGGAACAGAUCCAAAACUCUUUAUCAAAAAUGUGAAGUUUGAUGGCAUCCCUGUGAGAAUUUACCAACCAAGAUCACCCUCUGCUGGGGGAAGAAAGGGGAUUAUGUUCUUUCACGGUGGUGGAUGGAUGUUCGGAAGUAUCGAUUCCUAUGAUGGUCUCUGCCGCUAUAUCUCAAAGGGGACAGAUUCAGUGGUUGUCUCUGUUGGUUACCGCCUAUCACCAGAACACAGGUACCCUGCAGCAUUUGACGACUGUCUUAAUGCCACCAUCCACUUUCUAAAGACUGCACAAGCAUACGGUGUUGACUCUUCCUCUGUUAUUAUAAGUGGAGACAGCGCAGGAGGUAAUCUCACGGCUGCCGUCUGUCAAGCCCUCGUAGACAAGACAGAUCUUCCGAAGCCCCUGGCCCAGGUUUUGAUCUACCCUGCGGUCCAAGCAGUUGACUUUAACUUGCCGUCCUACAUACAGAAUAGGGCGGUGCCCAUUUUGUAUCGGGAGCGAGCAGUGUUCUACAUGUUAAAUUACAUGGAAGGAGACCUGUCCAUGAUGGAAGAAGUUCUAGAUGGAGACCAUGUCCCCGUGGAUCUGAAAAUGAAAUUUAGAAAGUGGUUAAGUGCCGAUAACAUCCCAGAUGAAUUCAAGCCUCUGGGGUAUAAGCUCAGAAUCAUGGCCUCCCACUCUGAAGAUGUCUAUGAAGCCCACAAGCAAGUGUUUGAGCCUCAUGUUUCUCCGUUGCUUGCUGAGGACUCUGUGAUUAGCCAGCAACCAAAGGCUUACCUUUUAACAUGCGAAUUCGAUGUGUUACGCGAUGAUGGAAUACUGUACAAGAAACGUCUGGAGGACCAUGGAGUGCCAGUCACCUGGCACCAUGUUAAAGAUGGCUUCCAUGGCAUUGUUAGCUUCUUUGACAGUGGGAAACUUACAUUUGAGUCUGGGAAGCGUGCUGUUGACAACAUAGUGAAUUAUAUUAAUGGGAUUUGAUUGUGAAAUUUUGACUGCGUUUCCCAGGUUCCAUAUUUG